GGGACAGCUGUUGAGAGAACCCUUCACGUUCAGCCAAAGAUCGUCCCUGUUUUCACCUGUUUGGAGACAUAGUGUGUAUUUGUUGACUUGCCUAUGGCACAACACAAACUUCGUCAUUGGGUAAUCCGCGUUUAAAGGGAUGAAAAGGCUUAAGAGGAAGAAACAAAACGCAGGAGUUGGGGUGAAUGGGAAUGGAUCUGUCACGAAAGAACCAGAUUGUGGGAGGAAACAGAAGCUGGCUGAGAUCCAUCAGGCUUUGAUCAGUGAUCCAGUGGACAUUGAGACCCUGAGGACAGCUGCAGCCAGUAAGGGAGGACUGCUCACUGAUGAACUCAGGAGGAAAGUCUGGCCCAAACUACUGAACAUCAAUGUGUACGAUCUACCACAUAAACCUGGUCGAGAUGUGAGGGAGAACCACAAGGACUACAACCAAGUAGUCCUGGAUGUCAGGAGGUCCAUGAAGCGGUUCCCUAAAGGUAUGCCAGCCACAGAGAGAGCUGUGCUUCAGGAGCAGCUGAUUGACAUCAUACUGGAGGUUUUGAAACGCACCCCUCAGCUCCAUUACUACCAAGGCUACCAUGAUGUGGCCGUCACUCUGCUGCUGGUAGUCGGGGAGCGGAUGGCCAUUGCCAUGCUGGACACUCUGUCCAACCACCAUCUCAGGGAUUUCAUGGAUCCGACCAUGGACAGCACCAAACACAUUUUAAACUACUUGAUGCCUAUAUUGGAACAAGUUGAUACCGAACUACAUGACUUCAUGAUCAGGUCGGAGGUGGGAACCAUCUUCGCACUGUCCUGGCUCAUCACAUGGUACGGCCACGUGCUGUCAGACUUCAAACACACCAUGAGACUCUACGACUUCUUCCUGGCCUCGCACCCGCUGAUGCCCAUCUACCUCGCCGCUACGAUUGUGUUGCACAGAGAGAAGCAGGUGAAGAAGACAGAGUGUGACAUGGCCAUGGUCCACCACCUCCUCUCACGCAUCCCCCAGGACCUCCCAUACGAACUUCUGAUUGACCAAGCCCAGGACCUGUUCGACCAAUACCCUCCGUCUCUACUGGCCAAGCGGGCAGCGCUGCAGUCUCGCAAGAGUCUGUCCAUUAGCACCUUCCAGGCGUUUCAGUCCUCCACCCUCCACCAGAGGCCUGACUCUGUUCUCCAACGCCUCACCAAGGCCCAGGGCUCCAGCAACUCCAGACACGCCCCUCACCACUCAGGUCAGGAAGCAGCUUUGCCCCGAGACCGAGUCCAGCUGUGGGGGAAGGGGAACAGGAUGGUGAAGAUGGCGGUGUGGGGGCUGUCGGCUACGCUCGGGGCGGCCGUGUUCGCCGUGGCUCAGACGGCUAUGGACUGGGGACCCGAGGUGUUACUGCAACUGUUCUGAUGUGGCGGUGGGGAUUUAGAGUGUUAGACACACACACUUACACAUGGUGACAGCAGACACACAUCUGCUCCUGAACAAUAAACAAACUUACACAGACAGACAUAGACGUCGAAGACUUGAAGGGCUUCUCCCCUGCUGAGAGGAGACCCUGCAGAAAAGCAGGAAUAGGUCAGUCAUCUUGGAGCCAAACAGGCUGUUGCUACACAACCAUUAUGAACAUAUGUAAGCCACGAGCCAGCCUCGGGAUGUGUAUGCAUGUGUGUGAGUGGAUGCAUGUGUGUUUGCAUGUGUGUGAGCUAGUAUCCCAAAACUCAUACCACAUGUAAGCAAGGAUGGGUAACUGAAUGACCCUCUGACCUUUUGGGCCCCUGGGCUAGAGCUUCUGUGUGGAGUUACUGCUAACAUUUCUUUUUUAAAUCAUCAUACAACCACAAAGAGACCAAAAACCACUUCAGACUUGCAAAAUACCAAAGAGAGACGUGAACCCGUGGUUUGCAGUCGUUUUGUGUUUCUCUGUGUGGGGCAUCUCCUCCUAUGUUGGAGGUGUGGCGGGCUUUAACAUGUUUUUGCCCAGGGGCCCCUUGUAUAAUUAUCCAUCCAUGCAUGUGAGACACACGCUGUUUCAGGCUGUUGCUCUCACCAUACCAUUGGUGUAACAUUUUACACGUGUCUCUGUGCGUUUGCUGAUUAUUCUGCUGAUAAGUCGUUUUGAGACUGUCAUGCUUGUUUCACCGUACUUCUGUUGAUGGUGUUUUAGUGCGCUUGUUGGAUCUGCAGCCGUAUCUGAGAGCUAAAAGUGCCCGUAGCCAGCGCGAUGACACACGAAUACAAAUUAUUAAAGAGCAGUGUUUUCUGCUGAAAGCUUCCAGUUAUGAGUGAAGAAGGAGAGCGGGAGAGAAAUGGGAAAGAUGGCGGGAGAGAUAUUUGCCUGUGAGCCACUUGUAUUAAUUGCUUUACUGCAGGUGUCAGCGAGUUACAUUAACAGUAGAGUUUUCUGCUGCCCAAAAUGUGAACAUUACACACAGUUAGCACUCAAUGCACGCAGUGGGGCUUUUGCAGAUGCAUUGAGGCAUCAGAUGCAGGAGGCAAUGAAAUACGUUAUUUUCUAUAUUUUCUGUGGCAGUUCCUAGAUGUUGUGGCCUACAACUGCUGAAUGAAUAUGCAGAAUACACCAGUACUUUUACAUUCUUAAAAUAUUUAGCAGGUUUGCGCCAACAUCCACCCUGAACAGCCAUCAACAGAACUACAGUACUUGGACUCAGUUCUUCUUCUACAUCAUAUUUCUCUUCAGCAUUUCACAGCUACAGUGUGAUUGAAGAAAUCAUGUUAUUAUUUCACACACCCUGUAGAUAUUGCUGAACCAAAUUUAAUCCCUGAGUUUUAGUGCCUGAAAAGUGAAUAUUAAUAAUACAGGCGGUUUCUAACUGGGGUACAUACAUGUGUACAGAGCACAGGGGGUCUCUCCAAACAGCAAUGCAUCCUCUGUGUCGACUUAUAUUCUGAAAUAUUUAUCAGCUUUUUGCUAGCAUGCUGCUGAGUUGCAUCUGCAAACACAACUUCACCUGAGUCACAACACUCUCUGUCAUCAGAUGUAGAUGCGUGGCAUGUACCCUGUUGAUUUUAGUCGCUGUGCAGUUCAUAAUUUCAACUGGUAUGUGCUUUGUUGUGUACAAAUUACAGUAUUAAGAGAGAAAGCCACCAAAAUGUCACAUGUAGGGCCUUAGGUUGAUCUGAGAAGGAUUGCAGAGCUGAGUAGUAACAAACCAGUCAACCACCCCAUCAAGUAGUUAGUUUCAGACAAUUUUUCAGAAAAUGCCAAUAGCUGCGAUUUUGAAAUUUUAUUAGAGGAUCAAUAAAUCAAUCAAUGCCGUGUAUCUCAGGUAGUCUGCUGGCCUGCUAGCCAGUUCAGUUAUCUGGUCAGUCAAUAACCUGCGGUGGUUGUUUGAAAAGCCUAUGCAUGUUCCACUUUUCAGUCUAACAAGCUAUACAUCAUGUAAUACAUGACAUGUGUCUCAGAGAGUGAGUGAGUGAGUGAGUGAGUGAGUGAGUGAGUGAGUGAGUGAGUGAGUGAGUGAGUGAGUGAGUGAGUGAGUGAGUGAGUGAGUGAGUGAGUGAGUGAGUGUGUGUGUUGGUUGUGAGGAAUUGUAAAUCACAGGUCAGUUUUUCCUUUCUUUAACUCGCUUGGCAUUCUCUAAGUUAUAUUUGUUUUUUGUUGUGGGGCUCAAAGUGCCUUGAUAUAUAUGUAUAUAUUGUUGACAGUCUAAUUUAUUUUAAGAGCGACAAUCUGAUUGGCUAUUCAUGUAUUGAUUAGAUUUAUUGGAUUUUCUGAAUGUGUAUUUAAAACUAAUAUGUGGGGCUAUAAAAAACUUCUGGUUAGUAUGGUUUGUAAUCACCAGUCUGAUGGUUUGUAUUUUUUAAAGGGGAUCCAGUUAUUUUACAUGUGAAAUACUGUGUCUGCUCAGUCAUUAUGAAUCAGAUUAGAAGUUAAAGAAAAAUGCUUAAUUGCUGUCUUUCCAAGUGUUAGAUGAGAAGAUGGAUACCGCUCAUUAAAUGAAAGUACAGUAGAAAAAAAGAUAGCCAGGAGCUGUUAAGCUUAGCUUACCAUAAAUGAAGGAUGGAAACAGGGAGAAACGGACCCUCUCCAAAGGUAACAAAGUCCUGCUUCCAGCACCUCUAAAGUUUACUCAUUAACACAAGACAUCUUGUUUGUUUGAUCCAUAUUAAAACCGAGAUGUAGCUUUAGCCUUGGUUACCUGCCAGAUUAUUUCCAGGCUGGGCGCAGUCACAGUUUGGUUGUACGUAUGAAUCUUCUCAACUGACUACGGCAAGAAAGCAAAUAAGCAUAAUUCCCCAAAUAUCAGACUAUUCCUUUAAAUGUUGGUUCAUGUUCCAGCUCGCUUCUUAGGUUAAGAUUAUAAACAAAUGACAUUGAAAGGGAGAACAUUUACCAUCUUUUGGUGCAUGGUCGGCACUCUCAUUACACAAAAAGCUCAUUCUGCACUGAAUGAAUAUUCUUAUUACUGGCUGUAAUUUUUAAGUGAUUGCAUGUUAUGUUGCAUCUAUGAUGCUUGGAAACAGGUGAUUGACAAUUUUUCUUUUUUAUUAAUUUAAAAAUGUGCAGUUUUGGCAUGUAAUCUUUGCUUGCUGUUGUUUUGCUAAAUAUGCAGGGAAAACCCUUUGACCAGUGUCUGUGAUAUUCAAACAUAAGUCAAGAUGCUACUGUGCAAUUGUAUUAUAAGUGCCAUGUAGACCUAUACACACACACACACACACACACACACACACACACACACACACACACACACACACACACACACACACACACACACACACACACACACACACACACACACACACACACACACACACACACACACACACACACACACGCACUCAUACAGGGAGAGAGUGGUUGCUGUGCCAGAUCAUAAUGAGGAUUUAAUUCCUGCCCCUGGCUCUUGGCGUGCUAAAGACACUUUCUCCUUGUGUUUUUUUUUUUUUUUCUUCUCACAUUCACACUCAAACACCUACACCAACACCUGCAGCAGUCUUAGUCUGGCCGAGGCCUUAGAUGAAAAAUGAUUGAAGCAUGUUAGUUUUGGAUAAAACCAACCAAAAUUAAAGAAAAAAAAAACGAUGAAUGCUGUUGAGCCCAUGUUAAAAGUUUACUUAAGAAACGGUUUGUAUUAAGAUUUAGGCCCUUAAAAUUCAUGAAUAACUAAAAAAAGUCUAAAGUAAAGUAAAAAUAGAAGAUACAUCAUUUUAUUUGUCUGUAAUGCAACUAUUAACUUUUCUUAGCUUGGAAUAUGCUCUGUUGAUAGUAGUUAACAUUCAAUUGGUACUUUUUAGUUUUUGCACUUCAACUACUAUCCAUCUUGUCAAAUCUACAUGCAUUUGCCAAAUAAACAAACAAAGUCCCAGAUUCAUUCCAGAACGUUUUAAUGAUUUUAGCUCAGUGUCUAUGUUGCUUAUGAAACCAGUGAUCCAUCUUUUGAAACACAUUUGGAAACACAUACAAUUUAUUAUUUUUGCUGUUGAAUGCAAAUCAUUAAAUGAAAUUAAAAGAAGCAAAAUAACAUCAAAUAAGAAAUAGAGGAAUAGUUAUUACAACAUCUGGAUGCAGUGGAUGUGAUUUGACAGCUUGUGAUUGGGUUUGAUAUCAACCAAAAACACACUUUCUGUUAUUUAAAAUAACUUGAAUUUCAUGCCAAAUUAUGAAUUAACUGUGGUGUGAUGAAGAGUCUGAAGUUGACCCUCCAGUGAACUUGUGUGGAGCCUCUCAUGACUGCUCUGUCCUCAGGUCUGAAAAUCUCCCCAAAAACUUGAUCGCACCAAAUGCUUUUACAGAUAAUAAUGUUGGCCCAUAAUAACUUGUGUGUAUGUAUAAAUUCUGUGGGCAUUUUAAUGCAUGUUUCUCAUAUUAUGGGUACCAAACACUUACAUAUCAGGUUCUUUGCACCUUGUACUUGUACUGCAGUUUUACUGAGACAUGUCUUUGACAUUGAUAUGAAGCUGGUUUUGUCUAUGAGGUCAAAACAAUU